UUACAUAAAAGAUAGUAAGUCUUUUUGUAAUGUUUUGUUAUUUUGGGGGGAUAUGUUUUUUCAGAAUUGCCUGAACCAAGCAAACUUUCUGCAAGUAUUUUCUUUCAGAUAAUUAAAGCAAGAAAAUGCACACAGUAUGUUGUGCUAAUCUGGAGGGAAAGAUGGAAGUCUGUAUGUUGAUUAAUGCAGUAAGAUUAAGUUUCAUGCAUGUUUCUUUUCACAUGUAACUGCGCAAAGUGCAAGGGCUCAUCUGGCAUACCUUUUUUACAUUUUAAAGAAUGAAAUGCAAUGUUAGAAAAAUAUUCUUACUUCUCUAAAGUUAGUGCUUGGUAAAUUUGACAGGGAGCCAUAUGAACCAGUCAGUAACAGGCAUUUUUUUGGCACCUGGCACCUGAAGGCAGAAAGAAUACGUGCAGUUUAGUAGAAGCCUUGCUUGCUCCUUGAUAUGCUCCUUCCCUCCACUGAGUUGCAUGUGGUUUCUUCUAACAGUACCACACACACACACACACACACACACACACUCAUUUUCUUUUACCUUGAGCUUCCAACCCAACCUUUGGAAAUGGCCACAGUUCUAGCAUUAAAUAUGUGUAAUGUCGGCAAAUCUCUGAUAACUCACACUUUGAGGAUCUGUGGCAUUGGAAACAGUAGAAGUAGAUCAGGGAAUGAGAGAAACAUUUCCCUAAUUUGGGGAAGUUAUGUAGGUAGUUUGGUUUGAAAGGAAACAAAGAGGACAUUCAACGAGGCAGCUGCUGGGGAAUAAAGUUAGCAGGCAUAUGAGCUAGUAACUCUGUUCAUAAUUCUCUCCCAUGACCAGUGUCUCUCUCUACUUGCACUCCAGCAACCUGAAGUGAUACUCAGUUCAUAGAUUCAUAGAUUGUAGAGUCGGAAGGAACCACAAUGGAUCAUCAUGUCCGACCCCCUGCCCCUGGCAGGAAACAGGACCAAGGUCAGAUGACCCCAGCCAGGACAAAAUCCAGAUAGUAUGCUUCAUGGCACAGGAAUGAAGACAAAUCCUGACCAGAAGAAACAGGCAAAUGGAGUAACGCUGGCUCCAGAAGACACCUUACCUUUUCUGAAGUGCUACUGCUCAGGACAUUGCCCAGAUGAUGCUGUUAAUAAUACAUGCAUAACUAAUGGACAUUGCUUUGCAAUUGUUGAAGAAGAUGAACAUGGAGAACCUACACUUGCUUCAGGAUGUAUGAAAUAUGAAGGUUCAGACUUCCAGUGCAAGGACUCACCAAAAGCUCAGCUACGACGAACAAUUGAGUGCUGUCGGACUGACUUCUGCAAUCAAGAUUUACAGCCCACCCUACCACCUUAUAAGCCAGGUGGAAUUUUUGAUGGCAGCAUUCGUUGGAUGGCAGUGUUGAUUUCUAUGGCAGUCUGCAUAAUUGUUAUGAUCAUCUUAUUUAGCUGCUUUUGUUACAAGCAUUACUGUAAAUGGGUAGCAAAGAGACGUUGUUAUAAUCGUGAUUUGGAGCAAGAUGAAGCAUUUAUACCGGCUGGAGAAUCUUUAAAGGAUCUUAUUGACCAGUCACAGAGUUCUGGCAGUGGAUCAGGGUUACCUCUUUUGGUUCAGCGUACCAUUGCCAAACAAAUUCAGAUGGUGCGGCAGGUUGGGAAAGGUCGAUAUGGAGAGGUCUGGAUGGGUAAAUGGCGAGGUGAAAAAGUGGCAGUCAAAGUAUUUUUUACCACAGAAGAAGCCAGUUGGUUCAGAGAAACUGAGAUUUACCAAACUGUUUUAAUGCGUCAUGAAAACAUACUUGGUUUUAUAGCAGCAGACAUCAAAGGCACAGGCUCCUGGACCCAACUUUACUUGAUUACAGAUUACCAUGAAAAUGGAUCCUUGUGUGACUUUCUAAAGUGCACAACACUUGACAACAGGGCUAUGCUCAAACUGGCUUAUUCUGCUGCAUGUGGUCUUUGCCACUUACACACAGAAAUUUUUGGGACACAAGGCAAACCAGCUAUUGCACACAGGGACCUGAAAAGUAAAAAUAUCCUGAUAAAGAAAAAUGGGACCUGCUGCAUUGCUGAUCUAGGCCUUGCAGUCAAGUUUAACAGUGAUACAAAUGAAGUUGAUGUCCCUUUGAAUACUAGAGUGGGAACAAAACGUUACAUGGCCCCAGAAGUCCUAGAUGAAAGCCUGAAUAAAAAUCACUUCCAGCCAUACAUCAUGGCUGACAUCUAUAGUUUUGGCUUAAUCAUUUGGGAAAUGGCUCGGCGUUGUGUCACAGGAGGAAUUGUUGAAGAGUACCAGCUGCCAUAUUAUGACAUGGUGCCGAAUGAUCCAUCCUAUGAGGAUAUGAGAGAGGUGGUGUGUGUCAAGCGACUACGCCCAAUAGUAUCUAAUAGGUGGAAUAGUGAUGAAUGUUUAAGAGCAAUACUGAAGUUAAUGUCUGAAUGCUGGGCCCACAAUCCUGCUUCUAGACUUACAGCCCUGAGGAUCAAGAAGACGCUUGCAAAGAUGGUGGAAUCACAAGAUGUAAAGAUUUGACAGAGUAACACGGUUACUCAGGAGCAGAGUUGGACUCCUAGAACUUUUCACCCAAACAAGGGUGGGAUCGAAGUGGGAAGAGGAGUCAGCUGAGAUUCAGUCCAUUUCCUCACCGCACUUUUACAGGCUGCUAAUUACAUCUUUCAGAACUUUGAAGAUGAUGAUGUUGAGAGCCUCUGUGUGCUACAUGCUAUGUAUUUGGACAGCCCUGUUUUAAGUACGUAUUUUGUUCUUGUUUUGAGCUGCAUUGAGACUUCAGUCACAGUGAAUUUCCAGUAAAACUAUGGGUACUGAAUUGCAUGUUCAGAUUACAGUGCUUUCUGUGAAAGCCUUAAGAAGCUAAAUGGAUUCAACAAAGAUGGAGAAAUAUAAGCUUUUUGCCUUCUACCUGAUAGAAUCUAGUCAAUUCAUACCAGUUUUUAUUCAACAGCAUGAAGGUUAUGAAUCUAUUUGAGAUACUAUUCAAUUUAACAGUUCCUUAUGCCUUUUAUGGGUCUUCUUUGUGUGUGCCAGGAUUCUUCUGCUGCCAUUUGGAAUACAUAGGAAACCAUUUAAAUUUAUAGGAAGGGCUGUAUAAUAUUCCAUGAUUCCACAAUUGCAGAAUUUGCCACUUAAUUAAUCCCUUGCCAUUGAAAUGUACUCAAGAGCUUCAGUUUUCAGUUUAAUAUAAUUAAAAUGUAUUUCUUUUUUUGGUUGCAAAGGGAACCUCAAAAAUGUGAAUUGACUAUAAAGCAGUGCCCACCUGAAUAUGCAAAUAGUCUGAAACAACACCUGACAGGUAACUUUGCUUUAGUCAUCUCACUUGAGGCUCAGUAGGCUCCUUGACUACAUGACUGUGGAAUCUGGCAUUUUUUCACAAUACUACAUACAUCAUCAUUUUUACUGUGGAAGUCUCCACAGCCAGCCCACUGACAGUUCUCUUUUGCCUCCCUAACCUGCUGGGACCUGCCCAUAGCUGCUGCAUACUCUGUACUUUUCCCCAUAAAGGGCAAGUGAAUUGUAUUUCAAUUCAUGCUCUCUAACUGUUAUAAAGAACCAGGCAGAAAGGAAGUUCUGAGGGUUAGAACCAAAUCAGGUGAGCAGCAAGGAGAGAAAGGCAGCCAGACAUACAAGUUGGGCAGCCAGGACAUCUGGAGGCUAGAGUGGCACUCGAGGCAUGGAGAGCAAGAUGAUGAACUGCUGAAACUGAUCAGUGUGGGUAGGGCAAAGAAAGGCAAUACUGAGCUGGAUUGUCUGGCUGUAACUGCUAGCAAGAUGAUGAACCGCUGUUCAUAGAGCUGGGUUGCCUAGAGAACACAGGGAAAAAACAAUCAGAGAUAGACAUGGAGCUAUUAUAAAAUAAUGAAUAUUUUAAAUAAGAGUUCUCAUUAUGCGUGGGAGGUGUGGCCGGGAAAGACUCUGUGGAGACAGGUUAAAUUAACAGUGCUGCAGAAUUUGGUCUCACUUUGCUACGGAGUGCACAUGGCUCUGCUUAUGAUUCUCCAAUAAAGUGAUAGCUGAUCACACCUGGUCACAUGAAAGCCGCUUCAUUCAUACAGAAUCAGUUUUGUUUCCCUCUUUUCACUAUUUUAGACAAGUUGGUACAAGAGGCCAAAAAAGAAAACAGCCGCUGUAAAGCUAGGUCACUGGUUAUAUACCAUUAAGUUCAUCACUACAAGUUUGCAGUCAGAAAGCACCACCACAGGUUGAUAGCUCCCGUGUCAUGAAUCUUCUGAAGAAUGAGCACACAGUAUUGAAACAGUUAGACCUAUUUGAUGAUAAUUUAAGUGCCUGUAAGCUGUACUGUAAGCCUUGUACUAGAUAACUUUAAAAAGGGAAGUUAUUUAUAUAGUGUGAAUUGUGCUUUAUUUAAAACAUCAGGUCUUAGGUACAUGUAAACAAGCACGCGCGUACAUACACAGAUUUGAAGGAAACAUUGAGAAUAAAGUUUAAAUUGAUCAAAGAAAAAAAUUCAGAUUAAGAUUUUUUACUUUGGUAAAAUACAUAUAUGGAGGUUGCUGCUUUAAAAAUAUGUUUAAAUUUCCCUUGGAAGUACAGCUAAUAGAAAACUUAGCCUAAUGCAGAACCAAUGUGAUUUGUUAACAAUUGCAAAUAAACUUCUAACAUGGUUUUUUUUUCACUUUGUUCCAUAGUUUGCAAAAAGUAAAUUGUCAGGCAAAAGAUUGCAGUAUUUUUUAUUGUCUAUUGUGAUGUACAGACUUUAUUUAACAGUGCUACAUAUUUUAUAGAAAGCUAGUUAGUUAUCUCAAGGGACAUUUCUUUUUUUAAAUAAAGUCAUUACUUUUCUUCAGUAAUGCCUUUAAGUAUUAAUAUGUAUUCUGGCUGAACAAUUCAUGGGUGCAUCAAGUAUGAUUUAACUUAUUUAAAAACAGCAAGUGAGAGACAACAUCGUGCCACAAUUCUCAUGACAAAGGGCUUUUUAAAUAAGGUUUUUUCCGUCCACUGCCAAAGCAUAUAUCAUGAGACAAAUUGUUAAGCAUGUCUUUGCGCAUACAUUUUGCACAGGUAGUUGGAAAAUACUUGGCAUGAGCCAAGAUAUCAUUAGUAAGGAAAAAGCUUGUUUUGAUUUUUUUUUGUUAUUAGUAUCAUUCUAGGGUUUUUAACAGUAAAAAGGAAAAUCUUUAUUCACAUAUCUCACUAGCUUAUUUUCUCACAAUAAUGGAAGUGUUUUCUUAAUUUAAUCUAUUUCUCAGUUAGAACAUUUGUAUUUUUUAUAAUGAAGUGCCAUGUGAAUUGGACACCUGUAUUAGCUGUGACUUGUGCUAAAAUUUUAAUCUUGAUUUUGAUUUCUUUCUCAAAUCUUCAAGACUGUUGGCAAUAGGCUGAAUAAAACAAAGGGCAUGUAAAAAUGUGACACCAGUUUCAGUUAUUCCACAGUUUUCCCUUCUAUUUAGUGCUUAGUAGUUUGUAUGACAAAAAGUUGGUGUUACUGGAUAAAUAAACCUUAAAACUUAAGAAUUUGCAAAUUCACUUUUAAAUAAAGGAAAUGGGCUGAGCUGGGUUGUGAAAAGGGAGGACCCUUAGCCAAAAUUACCUUAAAAUAUAUAUGUAUAUGUAUAUAUGUAUGCCUAAAAUUAGGUUCCAAAGUCUGUGUUUACACCCCCAAUAACCAACCAGCCUGAUGCUUAACAUUGCUGAGCAUGCCGCAACUUUUAUUGGCUUACAUGGGAGUUGCUAGAUGUACAGAACAUCUGAAUAUCUGUUGACUCAGGUUCUGUUUGAGCCCUGAAGCCCACAAGUAGGUCGCAUGCAAAGAACUUAAUAAUUUUAGGCACCUGGGUUUUUUGGGGUUUUUUAAUUUAAUCUUCAUGAACUGAUAAAUAAUAAAUAUUGCUAAGUAUACUCAGUGCAGACUUUUAAACCAAGUUGUUGCCUUAUUCAAUGUUGUAAGAAUUCCAAAGACUUUAUAAACACACUGUUAGUUUAGUGUGUGAUCAUCAUAUUUUGUUGGUAAGGCUUACAUUUGUGAGCAUUUGUUAUCUAAUAAAUAAAUCUUUGCAAAUGUCUUGUAAUGUGUGAAACAUCCUGUGAAUAUCUAAUCUGUGCCUUGAAAGCCAUUGAACAACUUCAUAUGGAGAUCCGUUUAGCUUGUUCCAUGUUGGAUGAAAAAUAGGUUGAAGCUUUAAUAAUAAGUCUGGCCACUAUAUUCAGGGGAGGGAAAUAGCAUUUGCACUUCUGGUUAACCUGUAAAUCCCUGAAGGAUUGAGCAGACCCAAAGUGUAAAUGCAAGCACACAUUGAUUGUACUGGGUUUACCAUGAUUUUUUUUUUCCUUUUUAAAAAAAUAGUACCCAGCGCACACAAUUUAAGUUAAGCAACAUGCAACUCCCUUCAGCUUCUAAGCAGCUUUCAUGGUAAAAGUUUAAAAAAAUUAAAGACUUUGCUCAUUUCACAAGAUUCUUAACGUUCCAGAAUAAUCCAAGAAUCAAAUUUUAGAUCUGCAUCUAAAAGACCAUUUGAAUGUGCUAUGAGGCUAAUUCUUAAGAUACAACUUAGCUGUCUUGCCUUCACACACUCUUAUUUUAAAGUUAAUUUAAGAGAUAAAUCAUUUCAAGAACCAAAAUAUUACUUGAAAUUAAACUUUACAGCCUUUUUUGGUUACUGUAAUAAUGUUUAAAGGGAAUUAUUUAUCUUUGAUUUUGGUCAAGUAGAUGAUUUUUUAGCAGUUUUCUGUUCUUGUGACUGGUUCUGAAAGAAGUCAGAUAACCCAACCCUGCUCCCCACUCUAAACCCUAUGUCGGGGUGAAAUUUAAAAUGAAAUACAGUGCUAAGUGAUACAGAGCUUUCUAGAGUCAAGGUGUAUCAGCCUCGGUUUACUGGUUAUAACAAAGGUAGAAUGAACACUAUUUUUACUUAAAUUGUUCAAUAAAACUCUUGCAACUGUUGCCUUGUCCUACAUUACCUUUAAAUGCAGUUAUAGAAUCCCCAUAAAGCGAUGACAUUUAUGCUCCAAUAUACCCAUAUGCUCAACAUGAAAUGUACUAUAUUGUAUACAAAAAAGAAUAACAUUGUAGUUAACCUAGAGAAGAUGUAAAUAAAAUACGAAAGAAGGGUAAAAACAAGCAGAAUGCUGACACUUGUGUUUAUGUCAGAAGUGUAGAAUAAUCUUUUAAAAUGUAACAUACUAAUGUAUUUUGUACAGCAUCUGAUUUAAAAGGUGCCUUAUUCAGUUUACCACAAAUUGCUUUGUUCUGUACACAGAGUACGUCCAAUGUAUCAUUUUUAAGUAAAUAACCUUAUUUUAGUA